AUGACUGCAAUCAAUGGGAGUAGCUCUGCCCCUCUUGAGGACCAGGCGGAGGAAGAUACGUAUCAUCUGAUUGCGCCUCGACUCCCGCAGAAGAGGGAUGAAAACAAACCGUCGCUGAACAGCCUGGAAAUGGAGCUGAUCCUGAUGAUUUUUAAGAUCGUCCACCGCGAGAGUCCGGCAUCACUCAAAAGCCUGGCGCUCGUCAGCUCCCACUACCACCACGCAGCACGCUACUGCCAGAAUCAGCAGGUUCACCUUGAUAUUUCAAGGGAGAAGAAGGAUGUCCUCCAAAGGCGUCUGGCCCACAUAGAGAAGGGCGGCUUUCUGCCUGCCAUCCGGCGCAUCAAGGUCCGCGGCGUCGAGGACGACCUUGAAAACAUCGAGGCCGUGGCGCAGCUCUUGCAGAAGGCCACUGGGCUGAGGGAUCUGGAUUGGGCCAACAGAGGAGCGCCCGAUUCCUCCAUCGGCGUGCCUGAGCAGGUCCUCACUGCCAUCCAGUCCAGAAGCACCGUACGCCUCCACACUGAUGCCGUUCUGAAUUACUGCCGUUUCCCCUCCAUGGUGCCGCCUCCCCCAUACACGGCGCCGCUUGCAAGAGGAAGCGAGAAUUUGCAUUCGCUUAGGAUGCGCUUCACCUACGUAAGCGUGGAGCGCUGUCUUGAGGUGGUCCAGAAUGUGAGGGACAUACUCUUGUCGAGCCCCAACAUCCGGAAGCUCGUCGUUGACUAUGGUCGACCGAACAGUGGGUGUGUCCGUUACGGGCCACCAAAGGAAUAUAUCGGGUUCGGAUUUGUUGAUGGGCAACGUCCAUCAGCGCUCGAAGAGCUCAAGUUGGGCAAGUACAUCUUUGGGUCGACUACAUCAGAACCCGGAAGUGUGUUCCCCGCAAUGAAUGUUGGCUACCCAGGCAAAGGUGAAGAGGAAGACUACUGGGUCGAGACGUUCGACUGGUCACGACUACGGAAGUUGGAGACUGAACAGCACGCGUUUGCGCUUCGGGUGGCGCCAAAGCUGUCCGCCCUCGAGGAGGCAUCACUUGGCGUGGUCAAGGAUCCGAAAUUCAUACGAGAGUUCUAUGAUACGGUCCCUAAUGUCCUGCGCUCUAUCGAGAUCCACCAGUUCGAUGCUCUAGGCGUUGACGGCAUCAUCAGACACGGGUCUGAGCUGAGACGGCUUGGUGUUCAUCAAAUACAGGCACACGAUUGGCCAGAACAUACGAUCGACGCAGCAUCUCUGCUCGAAAUCCAGAAGGCGUGCCCUCUUAUCGAAGUGCUAGUUCUCGACAUCAAGAGGGAGGGUGACUGGCCCUACGAAAUCCUGGACAUCCUAGCAGGGUUCAGGAACCUUCGACGCUUGACCAUAUGGUUUGAGCUGGGCUGGGUGGGCCACAAGCCGUUCAAUGUCGUCCAGCCUGCUGUCACUUACUCUGCCGUUGAGACGCUCUUCACCUAUCUCAACUCAAAACGCCCACCAGACUCCAAGCCACUGAAGGAGAUGAAGGUAUACUGCGGCUGUCCGCGGCCUAUUAGGGGGUAUCCCUCGUCAGCAGGACUUUGGCCGCGCAACAAUACAUCCAGCUAUAUCUGCCGGCUCUCUGAGCGAGAUGACGAAGCACCGAAUGGCGUGUUUCGUAUUACCUGUCCCAUGUUGACCGAUGAUGAGAAUAUACUACUUCAUAAGAUAAGGACUGAGAACUUGGAGGUGCCUAAACAGCAGAGGACGGCUCUGGCCGUGGUGUUAAAUGGGCCGAUUCCGUUUACUGGCAGGGAUAUGCUAUGA